CUCCUUGUUCUGCGCCUCCGUCACCGUUCGUUGUUCCUUCGUCAUCUCCACUCACUUUUAGGGUUUCGCAAUCACCCGAACUCUGUCACUGAUGUUAGUCUGAUGAAGGGUUCGUAUCCGUAUAACUACUUGUGUUGGUCUGUCCAUUUCGCGCCUGGGAUUAGAAAAAAGGGAAAAAAAAUAUAGUGGGUUCAUCUUUCUGCUGACUAAAUGGAGGGCACCGAAGGGGAGGAAAAGCACCCUGGAGAGAUUCCGGAAAACGUACCCCAAAAGGAACAAGAAACUCGUGAUGAAAUGCUGUCAAGGCACAGGAAAGAGAUUUCCCAGCUGCAGAACAAAGAAGUUGCACUGAAAAAGGCCGCAGCUAAAGGCAGUAAGGCAGAACAGAAAGCUAAAAAGAAGCAGGUGGAGGAAGAGAUAUCUCAGCUUUCUGGGAAGCUCAAAGAAAGACAUGCAAAGGAACUCGCUUCUUUGGGUUAUACCUCUAGUAGUAACAACAAUGAAGAGAAAAAGGGAGACCUUGACACUUUGGUCAAAGCCAUCGCUGGAGUUUCUGUUAGUGGUCAACCUGAUCAUUCAAAACCCAGUAAAAGUGUUAAGCGACGUGAGAAAAGAGCUCAGGAAGAAGCAGCUAGAGAGCAAAGAAUACAAGAAGAGCAAGACAACCUUAUAAGUGACCGAAUGAUAGAAAACGAAAAGUUGGAAAAAAAACUUGAGCCCCUCGGAUUGAAGAUCACUGAAAUUAAGCCAGAUGGACACUGCCUCUACCGAGCAGUUGAGCACCAGUUGGCAUUCCUCUCAGGAGGUUCUUCUCCUUGUACUUUCCAAGGGCUUAGAGAGAUGGUAGCUGCUUAUAUGAGGAAAAAUGCAUCUGAAUUCCUCCCAUUUUUCCUCUCAGAGAAUGUUACUGAUGGGAAUUCUGAUAAUACCCUUACAGAAAGGUUUGAGAACUACUGCAGAGAAGUGGAGUCUACUGCGGCGUGGGGAGGACAACUGGAGCUUGGCGCUUUGACUCAUUGUUUGAAGAAACACAUCAUGAUAUUUUCAGGAUCUUUUCCUGAUGUGGAGAUGGGAAAGGAGUACAGAUCUGGACCUGAGACAUUGUCUAAUUCAUGUAUUAUGUUGUCUUACCAUAGGCAUGCGUUUGGACUUGGCGAGCAUUACAACUCUGUCGUCCCCAGUUCAGUCCGUUAGAUUUCAGUAUAUCACCUGUGAAAAUUGUACUUGUUGCACCUUUUCUAUCUAAAGUGUAUGUCAUUGAGAGCAAACAUAUGGAAAAUGCAGUUUUUUUUUCCCCUUGGUCGGGUGCGAUGACUACAAGUGGUAAAAUUUUGGGCAGGCGUAUUUAUAUACUUGUUGAGUUA